GGCUGGGCUGGCCGGCUGUGGGGGCGGGCCCAGCCUUCUCCAGCUGACAGCAUCGGCCUGUCCUUUCGUCCCCGACCAGUCUGAGGACUGGCCAGAGAGUGGGCUGCUGGGUGGGAGCUGUGUCGGUCCUGGGCCCGUGGCGGGAGGUGAGACCCAGCAGCCCCUGCUCCAUCUUCUGCGCCCCACGCCUGGGUGCUGCUCCCAGCCUCCCUUAAAGACAGGUCCCUCCCGCCGCCCCCACCCCCCACCAUGGAUCACUCAUUCAGCGGGGCACCCCGAUUUCUGACCCGGCCCAAGGCUUUCGUGGUGUCGGUGGGCAAGGACGCCACGCUGAGCUGCCAGAUCGUGGGCAACCCUACGCCGCAGGUGACCUGGGAGAAGGACCGGCAGCCCGUGGAGGCGGGCGCUCGCUUCCGCCUGGCCCAGGACGGCGACCUGUACCGUCUCGCCAUCCUGGACCUGGCACUGGGCGACAGUGGGCAGUAUGUGUGCCGCGCGCGCAAUGCCAUCGGUGAGGCCUUCGCGGCUGUCGGCCUGCAGGUGGACGCUGAGGCCGCUUGUGCCGAGCAGGCGCCACAUUUCCUUCUGCGGCCCACGUCCAUCCGCGUGCGGGAGGGCGCGGAGGCCACCUUCCGCUGCCGCGUGCGCGGCUCGCCGCCCCUGGCCGUGAGCUGGGCCAAGGACGGGCGAACCCGCUGGGCGCCGCCAGCGCCGACGCCGCGCUCACCGUGGACGCGGAUGCAGACGUUGCCGGCGCUCCCGGGGCCUCCACAGCCGCGCUCCUGGAGCACCUAA